AUGAAGCAGCAGCGACGCAUUCACGUGCGCGACGAAAACGACCUUCACAGCAUUUUGCAAAAGGAUGGGAGCGAUGUGAAACAGUUCGGCACAGGCGCUUCGGAUGGGGCAGCGGCGCUGGCUGGGAUCUUUAGGGAGGAGAAUGAGAGUGGCCGGAUUGUCCGGGUGUUGGACAUAGUCUACAUGAUGAUCAAAUUCCAGGACAUGCUUUUGGUGGAAUCACAUGAGCAAGAUGGCACCAUCAUCCAGACCCGGAACUCCUUGCCGAGCACCUGCAUGAAGAUUAAGGACAACCUCCCGGUCGUGCUGGAAAAAUGGUUUCAGAGCGGCCUUCAGGUAGAUAUUGCUCCGUACAUCGAGACAGAGGAGAUGCCGGUGUAUGUGCCAGAUGCCCCACACCAACAGAGCUUGCUGACGGAGGCAUAUCCCAUCCAAUGCGUCGUGCAGCAAAGCCAGGGAAGUUUCGUGAUCCCGGACACGGAAGUGCAGGUCUACAAGGAAACCUUCGCGAAGAUCGGACUGCCUGGCGGCAAGUCCUUUAGCACCACUUCGAAGGACACGGACGGCAGCAGCAUCACGCGACUCUGGCGUUGGGACAAAAUCAAGAAUUGGAAGGCGCCGCAGAAAAUGCAGAGUUUUUACCAGCCAAACAUGGCAAGGUGCGGGUUUAACCAUGGGAAAUUGAAGUGGCAGAAAAUGAAUUUAAACAAGAACCAUGUCUUUUCUUCUUAUGGGGGUUUAAUCUUUGGAUAG